AUGCAACACGCGCAACAAAGAUUUUGCGUAAAAGGUACAUGCUUCUUUUUCUGCUGUCAAAAUGUUAAAGAAGCAGCAAACGUAUUGGGGAACCAAGCAUAUAUGCCGACUAUUUUCAAAGCAUCGGGUAUAUAUUGGAGUACUGCUACAGAUGAAGAGAAGGAUGUCUACAAAAAUCUAUACAGAAUGGCCAAAAACGUUUGUUUAAGAAUGAAUAAUAAUGUCGUCGUUCAACAAUAUUCCCACCCCCCUACACCAAAUCCGGUUUAUGAAACAAUGUCAAAUCAAUUUAAUAACGGGAUUCUUUUUGACACAAUCGAAACAGAAUUUAACGUUUGGUAA